AUGGCAAUGCCGAGAGGUGUGGCAAGUUUAGAAGGGCCUUAGUGUUUUCGCAAUUAUAAACAAACAGUUUUAGUAGUUCUUAUAUUUUCUGUCAUCGAACUCGAAGAAUCGACAAUGUCUGUCGACAAACAGGAAUAUCACCGCGCAUCGAAUGCGGUAGUAUUUGGUGGACUAGUCACGUAUAUCGCUGGUCUAUUGUUGGUAAUGGCAUUUACAAGUCCUUAUUGGAUCGAAUCCUAUCAAGAAACAUUUAGUAGUUUCAAGCAUAUGGGAUUGUGGGAAUAUUGUUUCAAAGAAUUUCGAUAUCCAUACUAUCAAUUUGACAAACAGUUUGACGGAUGCCACCACAUAUUCUCACAGGAAUAUUAUGUAAUUCGUGAGUGGCUACUACCAGGGUGGCUAUUGGUAGUGCAAACGCUCGUUACUAUUGCCCUGUUACUUUCGUUCGCGGCACAGGCUAUGAUUGCGUUAACGUUAGUGCGUUGGCCGUUGAAAUUUGUACUGAAUAACGAAUGGCUUCUCUCCUCUGCUGCCUUCUUGUGCUGUGGAGGAGCAGGCACUCUAUUGUUCUUAGCGGUAUCAAUAUUCGGAGGACAAUGCUGGCGCAGGGAUUGGUUAAUGUACCCGAAUUUUAACCACUUGUCUUGGUCGUACGCGUUAGCGGUCAUUUCGUUCAUGUUUCAUUUGUUGGCUGCAUUGUUCUUAUACUUGGAUGCAAAAGCUGGUUACAGGCUGCGUAAAGAAUCUCGUAAUUUGGUGAUGCAGAUGCAGCCUAAUCCACAGUCGCACCAAGGAUUGCAAAGAAGCGGAUAUAUAUAAUCGAAUCUCCCAAUCGUAGGGUCCUAAUCAUAAAGUACGCGGGUUCUGCACAGCUUAAGCGAACGAGAAUUCCACGUUUGCUUUCGGAGUUAAUUUUUUUACAUGACAUUGGCGUGCAAUCGAGGUUACGCACGUGUAUUUUACUAUUUAAAUCCGUCCAUUUUUAAGAGAUUUAUGUAGCUAGAUGAAGAAGAUUGUUUAUAUAUAUAUACUUAUAUAUUAUAAUUUUGUAUGUAAAUGUAAUUAGAGAAAAGAAAAAUGUUUAGCGUAACAGUGUUACAGAGAUAAACGAAUUUCUAUUUCUGCAAAGCCAUUGCGGGUAUCUCUGUAACCCGUUGAUUAUUCUGCAGAGUGAUAAUGUUUAAGCAUUUGAAACAUUUAUAAAUCUGUUGAUAUUAAAAUCAUAAACAUCGAAUUGUUUAUAGAUACGAGCAAUUGUUGAUACGAGCAAAUGAUCAACGAGAAUAAUAUUCAAAUAAGCAAAUGAAAAAAAGAUAUUCUUAUCACUGACCUGGAAUUUUUGAGUGGGCGGCUAGAUCCAGAAUAUAUUUAAUCGUGUUCAGGGGUAGAUUACCGUCGAGAAUGAUGUAGCUAGCAUUUUCCACGUGUGCCCGAUGUUUUUUCACCAUGUCGGGAGUGAUGCUCGCAAAGAUGUCCAUUUCACCGAUUCCGAAGUGGCACUCGCCCUUGCCGUCGACUAUCACGGUACACCUUGAAUUGGAAAAUCGACUCCUUGUGGAUAAUUGGUUUUUUACAGUAUUGCGCGCGUUAGCUUGUUCGGAAAGAAAGCAUUGUACGCGAAGAUCGUCCGGGGAACGGCAAGAGUAUCGUUAAAGAAAAUCGGUGGCAACUUGUUGUAGUAACAAACGGUUAUUCCGUUUUGCUCGGUACCAUCCGCAACCAGAGCUUAAUAGCCAAUAGCCGUUAACGCUAA